AAAAAAAUGUCAAAAAAUGAGCUCCACCACAUGUGGUGCUCUGUUAAUGGUCGCGCCAUAACCGUUGGCUUCACGAAAGACAGACCUCCCCCCAGAAGUACUAGACAACAAGGAUGAGGCACCUAUCCACGAAGAUACACCCGAUUUGGAACCCUCUAGGAGAGCAGGGGGACAAGGCUCUGCAACCGAGCGCUGAGCAUCGGGAGAACCUCUGGCAGGAGAGAAGUGGGUAGCGACAGGUUUGGUUACACCUACAGUAAGGGCCACAGGACCGAGACCACGAGGAGCAUCUUUAAUUGCCUACACUCUAGCGGUCAAUCACAGGGACAAGUGGCGACUGAGACACCCCGCGCGACCGAUAGUCACGGCGAUGGUACGCGCCUAUAUAACGACAUAAUCGGAAUGAACAAUUUGUUGCAGUUAGUGAGAUAUUUGUCGUGGAAAUCUAUGUAAUACGUCUGCAGAUUUAAUAACCAAUAUAAAAAUUACAUUUUUACUAUUUCAAUAAAUAAAGUGUAAAAUUGAUAAGCAUUAACCCCAUUUAGGUGUUAUGUAAUCAGUAAAAACAAAGAACGAGAUUGGACUGAUUCCUCUCUCUUUGAUAAUUUAUUCAGCAUAAAUUACUUAAUGCAAAUAUAUACGAUUUCGCAUGCAAAACAUCAACACGGCCCACUUUUGUCUCGAGACUGAAAGUGAAACCGAGGUAAAAAGAUUGUACUUAAGCAUGGAGGAAGAGGAGGCUGUCAAGAGAGUGUCUCAGGACUUGGGCCUGGAUCCAUUCCAGAUCCAGCGGAAUCUGGAUCCAGAUACCUUCACAGUUGUGGUACAUGAAAAAUGGGUGUGGCACAUUCAGAAGACUGGAAGCCUUCCGUUGUCCUCAGACGUUGGCAUCCCAAGGUGGACCUCCAGCAGCCGGAGCGCAAUCUUUGCCAAAGCUGUGAGACCAUGGCAGAAGAUAUCCGUUUCCAAGAUUGCGAAGCCUUCCAAUGGGACCUUCAGUCUACCACCGAUCAAGAAAGAUCGAGCAAUGUCCGCUGAAAGUAGCUUCAUGGAGUUCAUGGGUACAGUGGCUAAACAAAUCUACAAAGCUGAGUGGGACGAAGCUUAUCAAAAGACCUCUUCCACACUCAACAGAUAUCAUCAUUCUUUAUCAUCUCAGGUUGACUCCACAACUGUAAUUGAUCUGAUACGGCAGUUGUAUGGGUGUCCAAUCAUCUACAUCAAUGGAGAAGGAGUGUCGGACUCAUCUUCAAAGACUUCUGGGAAAUCUUCUAAUACGGCACAAUCUCAAGGUGUAGAACAUUCCAACAUUGUGUCUUUGUUCUGCGGCAUUGUCACCAAAGACUGCAUGUACUUGCUUCAGCCUCACCAUGAACACACAGUCCAGGACGCGACCAUGUUCAGUCCUGCCUCCCUUUCUGGUUCUUAUGGAAAGGUCCUCUUCGUCAUCUUUCAAAUGUUCCAUGCAGUGAGCCAUUGCCACCGAAGAGGUGUAUCAUGCGGGAACUUAUCACUGUCGGAUUUUACCAUCGAUGAAAAACUCUGGGUGCAAUUCUGUGGGCCAAAGUGGAACGAUGUCUUGAGCUUCGCGAUGCAUGACCAAAGAACUCAAAGGAGUUUGCCUGAAACUCAAAGAGGUGCAAUAGCGGAUGAAAGUGAAGUGCAAAAUAACAGAUUGGACAAUGUUAUUAUAGAUCAGCCUUGUGCAAUAGGUGGUGGUAACGGGAGUGGUGCAAAGAUGGACGUGCUACCAGAAAUUAUGCAGAAAUGGGCCAUGGGCCAGCUUACAAAUUUUGAUUAUCUCAUGAUCCUGAAUCGUCUUGCCAAUCGUCAAAUGGGCAACCCGAACCACCAUCCCAUCAUGCCGUGGGUCAUGGAUUUCACUCAACCCGAUGGCAACUAUCGGGACUUCUCCAAAUCCAAGUACAGGCUCAACAAAGGAGACAAUCAGCUAGACUUCACCUAUGAGUCGGCGCUACAAAUGCAGGCCAUGAACGAGGAGGAUGGAAGCAACCUUGCCGGUCAAGUACCCCACCACAUUUCUGAUGUCCUCUCUGAAAUCACCUACUACAUUUACAAGGCACGUUGCACGCCAAAGUCUCUGCUCCAGACCCACGUCAGAUCGGUGUGGGUGCCCAACGAGUACCCAGCUAGCAUGCAGAGGCUGCAGGGCUGGACACCUGAUGAAUGCAUCCCAGAGUUCUUCUCCGAUGCCUCCAUCUUCAAGUCCACUCAUGAUGAUCUGCCUGAUCUGGAGGUGCCCUCCUGGUGCAAAGGACCAGAGGACUUUGUCCAGAGACACAGAGCUGUUUUGGAAAGUCCUUACGUCUCAGAGAGGCUGCAUCGCUGGAUUGAUCUUACCUUUGGCUGCAAGCUCUCUGGUUCAGCGGCAGUCAAAGCCAAGAACGUGGUGCUGUGCGUGGUCGACCAGCACACUCUGCCAGCAAACAACGGUGUCGUGCAGCUCUUCAACGUGCCUCACCCCAAACGCUUCUCUCCAUCCCCCUACAUGUCGCUGGAGGCACCAGACAUUGAGAGGUCGCAGAUCGAUGUGGGGUCAUCCGUUACCAUCACAACUCAAGAGGAGAGUGCUCCUAGAUCAGAGCAGGACAUGGCUGUAGGAGUUGAAGGAAGCGAUAGCAGCAAGGUGGUUUCGGACACAGAAAUGAUGGAAAGUGUCUCUCCUCGCAACAAAGAUAGCCUUACAAUCUCUGCUGAUGGCGAAAGGAGCAGUGAUCCCCAGGACUCUGAUGCCAGCUCAAUACGCAUGAGAACCCAGUCUUUCAACACAGAGGCACAGAGUGUGGUCGGUUCUUACUCGGCAGUAGAAGAUUCGCAACUCAGCAAAAAUCCCAUGAGGAAGCUGCCCUUUUUCAGACCCAAGUCCGACAUGCCCCUUGACUCGAGGCUGAUCAGACCAGAGCUAGCCACCAUUAUGCUACCUGAGGAGUAUGAUCCACUCUCUGCACUUAAUCAGCUGGAGUCUCUCUACUCCUUCACUUCCAAGUCAAGCUAUGAUCUACCUACAAGGCACCAAGUGGAGGAAACACAGGUCCAGUGGCAGCAGCUUGUUGCAAGGGAUGCUGUAGCAUUAGGCUGUGCUGUUGCUGAGUUAUGCCUUGCCCCAAAGCUGAGGUUCCGCCAAAUUGGGUCGGACUUGGAAUCUAGAUGGAAACAUCUUCAGAGGGUCGUAGGAGCUGAAUAUCAGGAAUUACCAAGGCCAGUCAGAGAGAUCAUGCAUACCCUGCUGAAGAUGGACAAGACUUCAGGUGAAGGCCUGCCUUGGGAGUUCUCUGCAUACUUUCAGAGUGGUCAAAAUGGCCAUCCACCGAUGUGCCCUGGCCUUCUCCUUCAACCUCACUCUGGUCUCGUUCCAUUUCCUGAGUACUUUCAGUCCUUGCAUCAGUUCCUGGCUGAGCUUCACCUGCAGAGGUUCCAGGUGGAUGACCAGGAGCUACAUCCCACAGACCUCACUGACCAUCAGGCUAUGAGUAUGGUCCAUCUGGCCAGGCAGUGGCUGCCUAGGUGCACCAAAGACAUCACCAAAGAAGGAAGGGAUAUCCUGCUUCCUUACAUCAGGAGUCUCUUCGAGGAGGGCAGUACCGCUGUGUAUGCAGCGCUGUCCUUGUUCAGCAAGUACACAGCUCACCUUGGUCCCAAGUUGGCAACGGAGGAACUGCUUGCUCCGUUGGGUCGUCUCUUCGAUUCCGACUUCACCUCGCCAGACUACCUCCUGCUGUUUCAGCAUUCUUUUCUCUCUCAGGUCAUCAUGUCCUUGGGUCUCAAGCCAUUCUUGAACACCUUAGUGAGUUACGUCACAGAAGCAACAAACGGGCUGAAGCAGUGCCCCAUGUUUGUGCACGGUGCUAGCGAGCAGACCAGCUGUAUCGCCACAAUGGCCUCAGGGGGGAGCAACAGCACAGUAGAGGCUGAGACAUUCCUGGCUGAAACAGAAGGCAUCUCUGUUGAUGAGGAACUGUUUGGAAGUGAGGAUGGUGAUGAAGUUAGAGAUGAUGCUGGUGAAGAGAGGACAAUUGAACAAGGAAUCAGUGAUUUGGAGAAUACUGACCAGGAUAAGGAGAGGACAGAAGAUGAUGAAGAUGUCCUCGUGUCUCAGAAUGAUGGAGAUGAUGGAAGCUCUAACAGUGGGCAGGCAUCACCUUUGGACAGCGAGGGCAGUGAAACCAUCGCAAUGGGCAAAGAGCCAGACACAGCAUCCAUCAGCUCAGGGAAUCUACCCUCUCUAUCAGAAGAGCCUGAUGAAGGCUCCCCCACCUCUGACAAAAUUCCUUCAAAGGAUGUGUCUUCACCACGCCAAUCUACCUCGUCCCCAUCUCCCAGUACCCAUUCUCAAACCAAAGAACAGGACCUUCUCUUUACAAGCCAGACCAAACCCAUUGACCAGUACAGGAGAACCUACAAGAAGCAGUUGUCCUCUAAACUCUACCAAGUCAACACACUCAUCGGCAAGAGCCUGAGCGAUGUUGCAAGUGAGAGCAUUAUGUGGUUGGCACAUCGGAUCGGGCCAACGCUGACAGUUCGUUUCAUCACUCCAAAGCUUCUAGAAGCUCUCUCAGGAUGCUACAUGAUGCCAGAUCAACUUGUCUACUGUUACAUGCAUGAAGAUGUAGAUUCAAGUGAGAUAGAUAACUCUCGUGUUUGUAUUGGGAAGAAGUCGGUCGCGGGUGACAUCAAUGCCAAACCUGUUCUAAAGUGCCUAACUGACAUUGCAGUCCUGUAUGGAGACCAGUUCAUCUUCCAGCAGUAUCUACCCUUCAUCAAAGAAACUGUACGCAGAGUGCAGAGGAAAGUAAGUGCCAAGCUCGAGGGUCGUCUCAUCAGCUCAGUGGUCCUCCUCAGACACAUCUUGCCAUACCUGACAGACUCCAGUCUCAUGCAGAAAUUGCAGUAUCUCUUUGGGAAGUUCCUUCACCCUCUCCUGGACAUCAUGUCCUGCACGAGCAUCAGCUUCCCCAGCGGCAGUCAAGCGAGGGCAGUCAUCUGCUUCAAGCUGGUCGACAUCCUCAACACCAUCGCUCUGCGGAUUGGACGCGAGAUGUCCAGAGAUCACAUGACGGACGUUCUCAAGCGUUUCUUCCUCUGCUUCAAGCUGGGUGCCUCAACGAUGAGAAGCCUUGAUCUCAGUCGUCAGAACAGCCUGGCCCUGAGCACAGACAGCGAGGACAAGUACUUGAACAUCGAACUGGACGAUGAGACCAACCAACUGGUCUACGGCUCGCCGGUGGUUCCACAUUCCAGACUGCAGUCAACAGGAUCAGCCUCGGACUUGAGCACGACUCCCCAUAGCACGGGGUCUCUACCAAGACCUAGUAGUUUAGGAGGUCAGAGUGAGGAGUCUGCCUCGUUGGAAGACAUGAGAGGUGUGUUGCAGGAAGUGUUCACACCAGAGCUGGCCCAUGCUGCUUUCAUCCCACUCUGUAGACUUACGGGCAGUAUUCACAUGGAAAGGAUUCUGGAUAAUCAUGAGCAGAUUUGGGCCCUGUCUAGCAAGCAUGAGAGAGCAAUGUCAACCCAGCUCUCUCCGACCAUUCAGUCCCCUUUCUCAGACGACGGCAGUACAAUCAGCAGCCCGGUAUCCUAUCUAAGUGAGGACAGAUCAUGGUCAUCUUCCAUGUCAUCAGAUAAUACAUCGGGUAGCCUUGUCACCGGGAGAAGCGGGUUCGGAGGAAACAUGACGGUCAUCGGGAACAGGAUAGGGCCGGCCUUCGGAGAUGAGGAACCCAACCCUGCAACGAACAGUAACAACGGUGGUGAGGGGAAGAGCGGACGGCAGGGAGAGAAAGACAUGGCCCAAACUACAGAGACGAGCCCAAGGAUGGAGAUGAAUAAAAGCAAAAGAACAAUGAAAGGUACCUGGCUUAGCUACUGGGAUCAGUACUUGGCAAGAGAGGAUCAUGACAAUUCAAUGCACUUCUGUCAAAUCAAGCUCCAGACAUUCACAGGACACACAAGUGGAGUGAAAGCCCUGUGCAUGAUGCCCAACGAGAACACCUUCCUGAGCGCCAGCAAGGACAAGACGGUCAAGAUCUGGUCCCUGCGCAACUCUGGCGACGGCUCUUCCAAGUCCAGCUGUCAGCUGACGUACCCUCACCACCGGAAGACCGUGUUUGACGUGAGGCUUCUGGAGUCCCAGCGUCUUGUCGCUUCCUGUGAUGGCAACGUUCAUGUGUGGGACCCCAUCAACGGAGCAGCAGUGCGGGGCUACGAUCUGAGCCGCAGCGUACCCAGCUGCAUGGAGGUGAUGCCUGCUCCUAGCCCCUGUCUUGUGGUGUCUUCGGGAGACUCCAGCAUCCGAUUCAUCGAUACCCGACAUGGAGGCAUCCAGCAAGAGAUCAGGGUAGCUUCUGGCCCACUGGGUCUGAUCCGUUGCAUGGUCGUCAGCCAAGAUGGCUAUACCAUAGGUGUGGGGUUCUCUUCAGGCGUUAUUUCCAUGGUAGAUCUUAGGACUGGCUUACUCAUGGGAGGAUGGAGAGCUCAUGAAGGAGAGAUACUACAGAUCAAGGCUUACAACAAUCAUACAUUCCUGACAUCCUCUGUGGAUCACUCCAUGGCACUGUGGAAGGAGGAUUCAUCCAAAGUUUGUCAAUUCAGAGGUGCUACCGAGCCUGUUCAUUGCCUGUGCAUUUCUGAUGACCAGGUGCUGUCGGCUACCUGUGGCAAUCGUAUUGGGAUCCAUACAACGGUCGAUUCUCAGGCUAGUUAUUCCAGCUCCAAGCUGCGUUCAGACUCCUUUAAAGGAGCAAUCGGCGCCCUCUCUGUCCUUCCACUGAAUAAGCUUCUUCUGGUCGCCUCGGAUAACGGCAGCAUCUUUUUACUAGCCUGAGCAGAGACGCCCAUGAUCCAGUCAUUUUAACCGAGGUUUAAUUUGUCUGAGAGAUGGCUUCAAAUUUUAAUAUCCAUAGUAAAUUUGUAUGCAAUAUGGUGUGAAAAGCAUAGCUUAUAUAUAUAUAUAUAUAUAUGGAAGUUCUAUUAGGACAUGAUAAUCUCAAGCACCACUUCAUAUGAAAGAGGACAAUCGCUGCUAUUAUGUAAAAUUGUGUAGAACAGGUGAAUAUGCAGGUGUUGGAUUUCGGCGCUAGCAUACUCCCGUAUCCAUUUUUGACCUGUAACUCCAGUGUGGUCCUAAAAACAAAGACAUUGUAAUAUACACUUUCUCACAUGUUUCAUGGCAAACCGCUGCACAAUUACUUACCAAUGAAGGGGUGAGGGUGCAUGAAGUUAAUAAUGAUCAUAAAGAUCUGAGAUAACAGUCACAAUUUCAUGCCUUCACCCCUUCAUCUUUGUUUUUAGGAAAAAUACUCCAAAAGAGGACACAAAACAAGAUUUAGUUGAUUGUUGGUAGGAUACCUCCACGCCGUAGUUACAGGUAAAAAAUGGAUAUGAAAGUACACUAGCAGUCUAUUUUUGUGUGGAUGGUGUAGAAUUAUAUAAAAAGGAAUAUAUAUUGAAAAAAGCAAUUUACACACAGUUAUUACAAGGCGAUGUUGUCCAUUAAGGGCGUCUUUUUGGAGCCCCCGGCAAUAAUAUCAUGAAUAUUUAUGCCGUGGGCUACGGUCAGGCGGGCCAAGCAUGCCCCUAUUUGUACAACGGAGGAAAUUAUACAGCUGGCUUCGGCUAAAAUAAGUACAUGUUUGCAUGCACAUUUGAACAAGAAUUACUUUACUUCUGCAUAAAGGAGGACAUUUGUUUGAACUUUUUGGUUGAAGUAAAAGUAAUUUGGGUUCAAAUGUGCAUGCAAACGUGUGCUUCUUCUGGCUGCCGGCACUUACCUCGCAGCGGUAAUCCCCCAUUUGGUUAAAAUCACACGUCUAGUUGUACGAAUAAUGGCAUACUUAGCCCUUUCUUAAUGCCACAACUGAUAAGGUUGCCAUAAUGUAUUUAUUUUGAAUAACUCAUCCUUCUGUACAGAUUAUGCAAUGUAAAUGAGUGGUUUGUAAUAAAUGCACAAGUUUUAAAAAUGCUGAAUGAAA